UUGACUGGGAGCAGUGCAGGUAGAGGACUGUUAAAGAUAAACACUGUCAGUGUACAGAGCUUUAAUUUAUUUUAACGAUAGAGAUUAAAGCCCUGCUGCACUCCGCCCUGCACACUGCUGGAGAGGAAGUCAUACUGCCACGCGCAUAUAAGAAGGAAGGGCUGUGAAAGUGUGUGUGGGUGUUCGUGUGUGUGAGAGUUGAGUAGAGGAGUGAAGAUGGCUGAGAGUAAAAUGAGCUCCAACAUCAGUGGAAAUCUGGGAGCUGGAGCUGGGUUCCUGGCCAAGAAGUUCCAGAAAUCCAUGAACAGAGCACAAGAGAAGGUCCUUCAGAAACUCGGGAAAGCCAUGGAGACGAAAGACGAGCAGUUCGAGCAGUGUGCAGUAAAUAUGAACAAACAGCAGACGGAUGGGUCCAGGUUGUACAAGGAUGUGAAGGCAUACUACCACGCAGUCAAAGCGAUGCACGAAACGUCAAAACGUCUGUCUCAGACGCUGAAGGAUGUGUACGAGUCGGACUGGCAGGGUGUAGGAGAUCUGUCGGUUAUUAUGGAGAGUGAGGACCUGCUGUGGAACGAUUAUGAAGAGAAGUUGAGCGAUCAGGUGGUUCGUACGAUGGAGAACUACACCAGCCAGUUCCCCGAGGUCAAAGAGCGAGUUGCUAAGCGAGGCCGUAAGCUGGUGGAUUAUGAUUCGGCUCGUCAUCACCUGGAGUCGCUGCACAGCGCCAAGAAGAGAGACGAAGCCAAAAUAUCUAAAGCAGAAGAAGAGUUCAGUCGAGCACAGUGUGUGUUUGAGGACAUAAACAAGGAGCUGAGGGAGGAGCUGCCCGUCCUCUAUCAAAGUCGUAUCAGCUGCUACGUCACCGUCUUCCAGAACGUCUCGAACCUCAGGGACGUCUUCUACAAAGAGAUGAGUGUGUUAAAUCAUGAGAUCUAUAACGUGAUGAAGAAGCUGGAGACGCAGCACUCCACCAAACCCUUCAUCAUCAAAGGCCUGAACAGUACGGCGUCGAAGAAGAGGAAAUCUCUGACCAUCUCGGCACCCAUCCCCUGUAACACGGCAUUUCCUCCUGAUCAUCCUGGGCUGAGUAAACUCAGCGUUCCUGAAGAACUCGCACACAAAGACGCAAACGCACGCUCUGGGAACACGCUGCCAGAAAUAUCCGAUUCGGAAGACUCUGGCUCUCUAGGAAGCGUCCCGAGCACACCCAGUCGACAGUCCGUGUGCUCCGAGAGCGAGGGCAUCAAACAGCACGGGACGGACGGGAGCGCGGCGGACGGGACGGAGCAGCCGGAGAGCGAACACAGGAGUGAAGAGGAAGACGUUUCUGUGUCCUCUCAAUCGGAUGACACGCACACGUCUGACACUCAAGCUGAGGAGGAAGAUCAUGAGGGUGGAACCGAGUCUGUGUCCAUGAUGGGGCGUGGCGAGAAAGAAGAUGGAGGAGAGAGGGGACCAGAGGUCACGAGUCAGCAAACGGAUGGUUCACAACCUCCUGGAUUCCUUUACAAGGCUGUCGCUUUGGAGACGCAGGACUCUGACGAAGGCAUCCUUUUGCUCUUCUCUAAAGGAGAUGUGCUCCUCGUAUUUGUUGAUGAGGAAGAAGAAGAAAAGCCGGAUGGUACCGUGUGGGCGAUCAGAGAACCGGAUUGGAUCCAGUACAGAGACCUGACGCUCCUCUCGGGCAUCGUCGCGGAGACUGUGAUUCAGCGACUCUACUCUGAAUCCUGAGUCACGACUCGUUUGACUCCGCAGUGUCGUGUGAACUCUGGGACUCAAACACCAACACACACACACUUUCAGUUCUGCAAUCGGAGAACCAGAGUUCCUUCCUCAGCCUCGUCUUCACUUUCACUUACACAUUCCGACAAACUGCACAUUCUUCACACUUGGUGUGUGUGUGUGUGUAGGAUUAUGCUAAUAUGUUGUGUUCAGUAUUUUCAGGACCAUGUUCCAGCUGAUGUGAUUUCAGUGUUUCAAGUGCAAUCGUCAUAUUUCUAAAAUGAUGUGUUUUCAGGUGUCCCCCCCCCCCCCCCCCCCCAAACUCUUGCCUUUCUCUCGCUUGCUCACAAACAUCACAAUUUAAAGUUACGUUAAUUAUAGAGUAACUGUGAAAUAUCCUGGACGUUUUAUAAGCAUUUUUAAAGAGUACAAUUUACUAAAUAUUCAAUAAAGAUUUCAUGUCCUA